UCUUUUUAAUACCAAGCUUUAUUUUUGCACUGUGAUCAAAUCUUACAGUAACAUUGAGAUUGUCUUCCACGUACUUAGUGUUAUAGCUCAUUAAUCUCGGAUUAACAAUAAUGACAGACUCCUCACUCCGGUGCGAAUUUGUGUACCAUUAAUUUUUUUCGAAUAAUUGGUGAUGGUGUAGUAAUUAAAUGAACCAACAAAAUUCUUCAUAUAGUUAAUGUUUUUUUUUUAUCAGUGACCGUGUUGGUUAUCGGUUGUUGUGUAGUGCUACACUUGUACCUUGGCAUACUAGGACGUCAUCCUCGGCCUCUGUAUUUUAAAACUUUUGGAGUUACUCGAACAAUCAGUGUGUAACGGAUUAUUAUUCACUCAUUAAUUAAAUUAACUGCAACACAGGAUCCCACAUCUUUUAUACGUAGCGUGAACGAUUUAAAACACCUGCUACUGUCAACAUGCAAAACACCGGGAUUAACCUGAGUAUACUCGUUGCCCUGGCGUGUCUCGCCAAUAGCUGUUUCGCCAUAGGUGGUGCAGCUUCGGAUUCCCCAGACAUUACCACAAAUUCUACAGCUCCCACAACCCCUACUACUACUACCCCAGGCCCUGAAGCUACCCCAGACUCUAACACUACCCCAGCCCCUAAUAAUACCCCAGCCCCUACAGAUACCCCAGCCCCUACAGAUACCCCAGCCCCUACAGAUACCCCAGAUACUAAUACUACCUCAGACCCAACAGAAAACUCUACCACGACAGUUACCACCAGGAGGACAGCGCCGCCCCCUGAACAAACCACCCUCGGCGUCACUAGGAUCUCCUUGGCCCUGCUGACUGUACCAAUACAACUUGAGAUAGAAUAUAAAAACGAGACCUACAAAGUUGAGCUCAAUGAUACGAAUUCAGAUGUAUACAAGAGCGUAUCGAAUGACUACAUUCAGAAGCUCUCUCAAAUUUACCAGAAUGUAAGUGGACUCAAGGAAAUCACCAUAGACAGAUUUUGGUACGGAAGUCUUGGCGUCGAGUACACUCUGCACGUAAAGUACCAAGACAAUAACUGGGCACUUCUUGAAAACCAGUUAAAAAACAUAAGUCGUGAUCUAGAUAAAGACCUUAAUGUGGAUGUUCGUAACUCUGAGCAAAAAUUCACUAACGCCUUAAGCCUCGCCAGGCAAACAGGUCCCUGUCAAAUACCAGGCGUUUGUCCCUUAGAUUCGAAGUGUGUAAACUCUAGCAAAGAGGUGACGUGUAACAACAAGUGCUUAGACAUGAACACGUGUCUGAACGGUGGUGUAUGUGUAAUCAAUCAGAAUUAUGAGGCAGUCUGCAAAUGUGCGACUGACGGCGACUACAUCUAUGGCGGCGAGAACUGCGAGCAGAAAGCCGAGAAAUUGGCGCUCAGUAAGGAGAACAUCAUCGCCAUAGCUGGAGGCACGGGAGGGGGCGUGGUCUUAAUCUUCAUCAUCAUCAUCAUCGUCAUCUGCGCCAAAAAGAGUUCGAAGGUUCGGCCGAAUGAUACGGUCAAGGACGAUGCUUCGGAGCAAUCCUUCAAAGACUCUGAAGAUGGCCUCCAUCAGAACUACAAGAUGAGUCAAGUCAGCAAUGACGUCACCUUUAGAAGUCCAGGCCCCGAACAGGCCCAAAUGCGUCAGAAUCCAUACACCAUAUCCACAUCCAGUAUUCAGCCCAGCACAAGAAACCCACGAGACAUCGUGGAGAGCUAUGGAUCGGAUUAUCGCUUCCCUAUGGUCAGGGGGCCCAUCGUUGCCAUGGAUACGAGAAAACAAUCCGACGCCUUCGAUAUGAGGAGACAGAGCCGCGUGAGAAUCAGCGAGGACGUGGAGAAUAGCCCUGAUUAUUAUAACCGAGGACCAAACCGAUCACGUGACUCGAUCGACGCAACAAACUUACGGAAGAAUUCCAAUUUCAACCUUUUGGCCCAGAGACGUCGCUCCUCCGUCCCAGCCGAUUUGAGAGGACCUACUUUCACAAGGAAUCCCCUGUACAACAUGAGAAGGAAGUCCUCAGUCUACAUGGAGAUCGAUGAUAACGAUUCUAAGUCUGUGAUGUAUCAGCCUAGCAACAAUACCGACUACCCACUACGCCAGCCGAUGACACCAACAACAGGAAAAGUUUACGAUUACUCUAAUCUCAGGAGGGAAUCUACUGUGCCUAACGCCAUGUCUCCACGUCUGAGGGCAGGGUCGGAGAUCUGGGAUUACGACGACGACAACAGAAUGUACGGAUAUAAAAAGCCUGUACCUGCACCUAGGAGAUAUCAGCAGCAAGAUUCAAAUCAACGCCAAACGAUUCUGAGAACAAAACAGGAAAAAAAUUUAAACUACAAGUCCCUCUCUAGAUGA